UCCCGGGGCAACCGAAGACGGAAGACGAAAGACGGAGACGCAAGUGGAGAACAUUCCCGCAUGUUUUCGCUCAGGACGGGAUAUCCUUCUCAAUGCGUACCUCCUUAAUCUCAAAGGAGGCGUCGAAGCUGGUCGACGCGGUAUCGUCAACCCGUCGAGUCACCCGGCGCACCGCGGCUACGUCCAGUUACUUUGAUAACUCGAGGCAAACAAGAUCGAAAACUGUUGCAAGCGCAAUUCAUGUGAAACACGAAGUAGGAGACAGCAAUGUAGCCAUCAAACAGGAGAGCGGAAGUGAAGAUGGCUGCGACGAUAGCUCCGUUCUGUCUGAAGCAAAUACGACCGACAUCGAAGACCUCUUGAAACCGGAACCCAGCCCGCCACCAAGCUCGAGAAAGCGGAAGCGAGCCUCUCUCGUUGCAGCAGAUGCCGUAGCCACUAAAGCUGAACGUUCUUCUCCCAGAUCGCAAUCGCGAAAACCUCGAAAAGUCAUCGUGAAAGAAGAAGAGGAUGUAAAGGUAGAGGUGCCGAAUUCCCUCCCAAAGAAAAAGGCGACGAAAUCCCGCAAACCCCCUCCUCCACCGGGAUCCGUUGCUCCACCGCCAAACUGGGAGAAGAUGUACGAUCUCAUCAAGGAUAUGCGUCUUCGCAACCCGACUGCGCCCGUUGACACCAUGGGCUGCGCGGAGUUAUACUGGCGUAAUUCCACCGAGCAGGAGAGGCGCUUUCACAUCUUGGUCGCCCUGAUGCUCUCAUCCCAAACAAAAGACACCGUAACAGCCGUCGCAAUGCAUCGUCUACACACAGAGCUCGACCGAGAGCACGAUGAUGGCAACAACGAAGACGGCGGCGCUGAUGCAAGUAAAAAGCCCGCGGUCCGGUGGGACACCACGACUCACUCCGCCGGCCACUCAACCCUCACGAUCUCCAACAUCCUCCGCGUCUCCGCCACCCGCCUCAACCAGCUCAUCCAAACGGUCGGCUUCCACAACCUCAAGACCAAAUACCUCCGCUCCACCGCUUCCAUCCUCCAGUCCCACUACAACUCGGAUAUCCCACGCACGGCAGCUGACUUAAUGGCCCUGCCCGGCGUGGGGCCCAAGAUGGCCUAUCUGUGCAUGAGUUCCGCAUGGGGCGUGGAUGACGGGAUCGGUGUGGAUGUGCACGUUCACCGGAUAACGAAUCUGUGGGGGUGGGUGCGGACCAAGACACCAGAGGAGACGCGGGUGUUGCUUGAGGCGUGGCUGCCGAGGGAGAAGUGGAGGGAGAUUAACUGGUUGCUGGUGGGGUUGGGGCAGACCGUGUGUUUGCCUGUUGGGAGACGGUGUUGGGAGUGUGCGUUGGCUGGGACUGGGUUGUGUAGGGCGGAGAUUAAAGGGGGGAGGAAUGGAAGUGGCCCCAAGGGGAGGAUGGAGGCGAAGAUGGAGAUCAAGGUGGAGGAGAUGUGAAUGUGUCAUUGCGUCUUGAUUUCUCUAUGCCCUUAUACAGCCUGAGAUUGAUGCAUGGAUUUAAUAUGGAGCAAAGGAAUCAUAAGUGCUCCGUGUUUGUU